AUGGAACAGGCAGAAAGAAAAGACACCAAAGAAAACCACCCGCUGACCCAUCACCACCACCCAGGGCAAAGUCGUCCUCGUCACCGGCGGUCCGUCCCUCCACCUCGAUCCAAAACCCCCCCCGCUAACACCACGUCUCCUCCCCCCCCAAAAGGCGCCAAAGGCAUCGGCCGCAUGAUAGCGACAGGCUUCAUCACCAACGGCGCAAAAGUCUACAUCACCGGCCGCGACGCAGCCGCCUGCCACGCGGCCGUCACGUCCCUCCAGCCGCUCGCCCGCCUCUCGGGCUCGAUCCACGCGCUGCCCGCCAACCUCCAGCACCUCGACGAGUGCGAGUCCCUCGCGGCGUCGCUCGCCGGCCUCGAGCCCGCCGGGCUGCACGUCCUCGUCAACAACGCCGGGGCCACCUGGGGCGCCGAGCUGGACACGCACCCCGACGCGGCGUGGACCAAGCUCCUGACGCUCAACCUCCAGCGCGCCUUCACCCUGACGCAGCUGUGCCUCCCGCUGCUCGAGAGGGCCGGCACCGCCGACGAUCCCGCCCGCGUCAUCCACAUCGGCAGCAUCGACGGCCUGCGCGUGCCCACCCUCGCCAACUUUGCCUACGCGGCCAGCAAGGCCGGCCUGCACCACCUGUCGAGGCACAUUGCCCGGGACUUGGGCUUCCGCAACGUCACGAGCAACGUGCUGGCCUGCGGUCCCUUCAGGACCAAGAUGAUGAAGGCGACGCUGGAUGCGGCCGAGGGCGUGCUCACGGAGAACAUCCCCCUCGGGAGGAUCGGCCGCGACGAGGACGUCGCUGGCUCCGCUGUCUUUUUGGCCAGCAAAGCCGGGUGA